CAACCCAAAGGUCUUUUCUUGCCGUCGUACACAAACGCCGCGAUCCUGGUCUAUGUUGAACAAGGUUGCGGUAUUCAGGGGGUGUUGAUGCCUGGUUGCCCGGAGACAUAUGAAGUAUCGCAACAAGUUGGAGGUUUCCAAGAUCGCCACCAGAAGCUCUAUAACAUCCGGCAAGGUGACAUCAUCGCCAUCCCUGCCGGAGCUGCACACUGGAUAUACAAUGAUGGACAACAAGAACUCGUUCUUSUUGUUUUGCUCGACACCACUAACGCUGCUAACCAACUCGACCAACACUUUAGAAGAUUCUACCUUGCAGGAAACCCACAAAAGGAACACCAACAACAACAAAGUCCAUGGGGAAGUAAAGGCCAAUCACAAGAGGAGGGUUCCGGCAACAUUUUCCAAGGAUUCGAAGUCGAGAUUCUCGCAAAGGCGUUCAAUGUCGACCGAGAGACAGCGCAGAUGCUCCAAUGCCAACUCGAUCAGAGGGGUCAUAUCGUCAUGGUGGAAAGAGGCCUUCAAGUUAUCCGACCACCCAUGAGCAUUCAAGAACAACAGAGAGGACGUAAUGGUAUCGACGAGACCAUUUGCUCSCUGAAGAUCAGGGAGAACAUCGACGAUGCUUCACGAGCCGAUUUCUACAACCCACAAGCCGGCAGCUGCACCCAUCUCAAUAGCUUAAAGUUCCCCAUUCUCAAGUUUCUACAACUCGGGGCCCAGAGAGGUGUUCUCCACCCGGUAAGAAUUGAAACCGAUCGA